GAGGCUUCGGCCCAGCCCGGGCUGGGCUGGGCUGAGCUAGGGAGGCCGAGGGGCGGACGCCGGCCCACCUGCCUCCCUGCCUCCCUGCCUCCGGUCAGCCCAGCUUCCCUAAGGGUCGGCACCAGCCGCGCCCCGUGGGCACGCCCCGCCCUCCAGGGAGCCUCCCGGGACUGCGGGUACCGGGGCUUCCUUCGGCCCCUGGGGACCAGCGGGAAAGUGGAGGCCUGGGCCCCGUUGUGGUGUGAGGGGCUACGGCACCGGCGCAAGGGAUGCAAAGGAUGGCACAAAAGAAAUACCUACAAGCAAAACUGACCCACUUCUUAAGGGAAGACAAAAUUCAACUUUGGAAACCUCCAUAUACAACUGAGAACAAAGAAGCUGGUUUGGUAUUAAAGGAACUUGCAAAGAAAUAUUCAGACAAACUAGAAUGCUGUGAAAAUGAAAUAGAAAGAAUUAUUGAAGAAAUACGGUGUAAAGCAAUUGAACGUGGAACAGGAAAUGAAAAUUUUAAAACCACAGGUGUUGCUACAAUUGAGAUAUUCUUGCCUCCAAGACUAAGAAAAGAUAAGAAAACCUUGUUGGAAACCAAACUGCAAAUUACCGGCAAAGAGCUGAGGUCACAAAUAGCAGAAACCUUUGGAUUUCAAGAAAACUACAUUAAAAUAGUUAUAAAUAAGAAGCAGCUUCAAUUAGGGAAAACUUUGGAAGAGCAAGGAGUUACACAUAAUGUGAAAGCUCUGGUGCUUGAACUCAAGCAGUCAGAAGAGGAUGUCCGGAGAAAUCUUCAGGAAGAAGAACUAGAGCAAAAUGAAGCUGACAAAAAAGAAAAGAGAAUGCAGAGGACAAAGAGAGGCCUAGAAAUACUGGCACAGAGAGCUGAAACUGUGGAUCCUGAAACAACUCCAUACUUAGAAAUAGCUAAUCAGACAGGCAGAUCAAUCAAAAUACCCACAGCUGAAAAAAAAGCCCUUAUGUUAGCUAUGGGAUAUCAUGAAAAGGGUCGUGCAUUUCUGAAAAGGAAAGAGUAUGGAAUAGCAUUGCCCUGUCUUCUGGAUGCUGACAAAUACUUCUGUGAAUGUUGCAGAGAACUGUUGGAUACAGUAGAUAAUUAUGCAGUGCUUCAGCUGGAUAUAGUGUGGUGUUACUUCCAUCUGGGACAGCUGGAAUGCCUUGAUGAUGCAGAAAGAAAGCUAAAUAUGGCCCAAAAAUGCUUUAAAAACUGCUAUGGGGAAAACCAUCAAAGACUAGUCCAUAUAAAAGGAAGUUAUGGGAGAGAGAAGGUACUAUUUUUAAGACUUUACUUGCUUCAAGGAAUAAGAAACUAUCAUAGUGGUAAUGGGGAGGAAGCUUCUGAAUAUCUCAAUAAGGCACAACAACUCUAUGAAGAGCUGUCUAUAGAUCCUCUAAAAGUUCACAGUUUGUUACAGUUGGGAUUUACUGCACAGGAAGCUCGACUUGGCUUGAGGGCUUGUGAUGGGAAUGUAGAUCAUGCUGCCACUCACAUUACCAACCGAAGAGAGGAAAUUGCCCAGAUAAAGAAAGAGGAAAAAGAAAAGAGAAAAAGACGACUGGAUAACAUAAAUUCUUUGAAAGGAAUGGGCUACUCAGCUCACGCUGCAAAAGAAGCUCUCCACCAGGCAAGAGGAAACCUGGAUGAAGCUCUCAAAAUUCUUCUCAGUAAUCCUCAGAUGUGGUGGCUAAAUGAUGCAGAUCCUGAGACUAGCAACAACCAGGAACAUGUUUCUCAAGAAAAUAUUGAUAAGUUGGUAUAUAUGGGUUUUGAAGCUGAGACAGCCAAGACAGCUCUCAGGAUAUUUAGAGGAAAUGUUCAACUGGCUGCUCAGACACUUGCUCAUAAUGAAGGAACGCUUCCCCCUGACUUACAAAUACCAUCUGAAGAUUCUUCUUCAACUUCAUCCACAAAAUCCCCUUCAGAUUCUGCUGGUACUUCUAGUGCCUCAACAGAUGAAGAUAUGGAAACAGAGGCAGUCAAUGAAAUCUUGGGUGAUAUUCCAGAACAUGAAGAAGAUUAUCUUGACUCAACUCUAGAAGAUGAAGCACUGGUUAUUGCCGAGUACUUAUCCUAUGUAGAAAAUAUAAAAUCAACAAGCCAGAAAAAGUAGAUGACAAAUUGAAAUAAGUACCUUAAUUUUGUGCUUAUAAAUUCUAUCUGUAUAAAAAAAACCCCAAUACAGUCCUUCAUUUUUUUUCAUUCCUCCCUAUUGCUUGCUUUGACUACUGGAGUGAUCAUUCCCAGGCUAGGGGGACAGGGAAUAUAAAGGAGGGACCAAGAAAAUCCCUAAAAUGUUUCAUAGUUGAGGAGCAGGGGGAGGCACAUAAAGAAAGGAGACUGCUCUGGCCUAACUUGCCAUUUCCUGACUUCAUUCAAGCUUGUCCUCCCCACCUCCUUUUCCCUACAUGCUUAAUUUGCAAAGUGGCCACCGUGCUAGAGAAUGCUGUCUGGAAAAGGCAGGCUUUCCCCCACCCCUAGUACAGUCUCUGGCUUUGUAGCUGUGGACCUUGACCUUCCUUCCUCUCAGACUGAGCUCUGGACUCUUUUCUUCACAUAGUACCUGUCCUUGCCUUCUCUGCACUUGUGCCUUCCUGAAUCAACUUGGCUGCUACUGUCACUAAAAUUGUGUUUUAAAUCUCUAUUCCAUGUGCAAAAAAGAGCAGAUGAGUGGGCUGCAGGGAGAGAAUACAAUAAUGGUAAAUGUCUGGAGCUUUUAAAUACCUUGAUUAUAUAGUAAAAUGUACAUUUGAGAUUCAGGUCAGCAGUUUUUACACAUUCAGCAAUUUCUUUACACAAACAUUAUUCAGUUAUUAAAUGGAAAGCAAAGAAACCAUUUUAAAUUAAUCUGUUCCAAAUUUGCACUGUCAUUUCAUGUCCUUGCUAGCAGAGAAAACUAUGUAGUGGAAACAAAUAUUUUAUGAUAGAUUUUUUUGUAUACUUACAUUUCAGAGUUUAUUUCUUAGGGUAUGCGGUUAAUAUGUUUAGAGGAAUGAAUAAAUCAUUUUCAUAACACCAGGAGUUCAUAUGUAACAUAUAUAAAGAUGAAACCAAGUACAUGGGUGGGCCUUGGGCUCAUCUCAGCCUUCUUAAAGUCAGUAGGAUCCACACAAAUUGAGGGAAAAUGUUGGCCCCGCCCCCAAAGCCCAGUGGUUAUUGUCAAGAGACAGAAACCACAACAGCUGGGACAGUGGUUUAAUUUGAUUGAGGGCCAUUACUUGUCAUUCACUUUAAACAUCACAAGAAAGUUGGGAGAGAUCUUUCUGUCUCAUUAGCUUAGCCCUUCAAGACUGUUGGAGGGAAAGGCCCUGCCUUGAAAACUAUUAAGGGUUGUGGCUCCUGGAUGAAUCAUAGCUUCAUUUAAACUGCUGUAAGUUUGUGUCUUCCUCAUGUGUUUUGUCCUGACCCCACAUCUUUAAUCAGAACUGAGGAAAGGUUUUAGUUUUAUACUUUUUUUGCAGGUCUGGAAUUCAUAUAAUCUCAAGCCAAAAGGAAAAGAAUUUUUUCAGAUUUGUUGUGCCGCACCUUCAGAACUGGCUGUGGUAGCAGUGUAUGUCACAGAGAAAUUUUGUUUGGGAGAACGUUGGAGGAAGCUCCCACAGUCAGGAAAGUCUCUAGUAUACACAUCUAUAAAUGGGCCUAUAAGCAUUCUUUGUUCCACGACACUGUCAUAAACCCUAAAGGAAUUAUUUUGAGUUAUUUCGAGGUUUUCGGCUUACAAGCCACUUCCAUAUUGCCUUCCAUCUUGGGGCUAGGAAAGUGCACAGAUAAAAACUUCACAGAUGCUGUUUUAAUUGUAAUGGAAAAAGAGCUGCCAUACUUUGCUAGCCUGUUCCCGUCCUUACUGCAUUGCCCCACAAAAGGGCUUGACAGAGAACAAAACAUAAAGAAAUGCCUAUUCCUUGAAAAAGAACUUGCUUCAAUAUUUAGGAGUUGCUCUUUUGGACCAGUUUUACUUAUUUAUAUAUUUUAACAUCUUAAUAGAGACCAGGUUAUUGGAAUAAUGAAUUGCCUUUCAGAUUGGUGCAAGAAUGUGGAUUGUAAAGAACCUUGGAUGAAAGGUGAGGAAGGAGCAGGCCGACCCAUUCCAGUUGCAUGAGUGGGUCAGGAAGAAAAUUGGACAUUCUAAACCAUUUAGGAAGUGCAUUUUCAGUUCCUGUUCCAAAGAAAAUCAACAGCUGGGGAGCUGAGUAAAUGAAUUCCUUCUCCUAGCAAAGCAUAAGAGAAAGAGUGCGUUGGUUCCUUCAGUUAUGUCCCAGAUGUCUUUUAAGCGCCCAUUAUAUUCUUUGCACUCUGUUAAGUACUACAGAAGAGGCCUAAGACAAGACCACUGCCCCUCAAGAAACCAUGCUAUAAUCAAGAAGAGAGGAAGAGAUUGGGGGCCCAAUGGAGCAGCCCUUUUGGAUAAAAGGAGCCUAACCUGGGCUUUUAAGAAAAGGUAGAAUUUCUAUAAAAGGGGGAAAGGUGGGCAAAAGGACUAACCUAAGCAAGUACAUGAAUGACUAUGCGAUCCUGGAAAAAAGAGUGGAAGAGGCUGGCUGGAACCUUGCAUGAAGUCGCAGAUGCCAGCCUUGUGGUUGGAAAGGAUGCCUUUUUCAGUAUUAUUCCUGUUUUAUUCUUUUGGUGAGCCACUCAGUAACCACUCCAUUGUGUCACUGUGGUUCUGUUUUUAAGCCCCUUCCUUAGGAGUACUUCCCUGUUCAAGAGGCAGCAGAUCCACGUGGCUAUUUCUGACAAAUCCAGAUGAUGAUGGAAAUACUGUAUUAUGUGUGACACUGCUAUAUCACACUUAUAACCCAUGAAUUUUUGCCUUCAUUCCUUAGCACCAAACAGCUCUAGGUUCUGGAAAAGAGAAGAGAGUUGUUCUGUAGCUGAAAGGUCCCUAACAACCCCAUUCUGCUGUGCUUUUCUGACUGGCCUGCGGCCUGAGCAGCUGGAGGCAAAGAGUUCACACCACGUACUCCUCUUACCUCCCAUGGUACAGUAAACAGCAGCUUGAUGCCUCCACGGUGAUCCAUGGACAGUCAUCCUGUGCACAGGCCCGAGCUGCUAUGCCUCAGAUAUCCAAGAGGGCAGAGCUCUGCCCUGCUUUUUCUUGCCAACUCCAAGCUGUAAGUUCAUAAGACAGUGCCUGGCAUAGAGUAGGCACUUAAUAAAUGUUGAGAUGUCUCCUACCCAUCAAUAAGCAAGUUUGUACAUUUUUUGAAAGUAGUCUCUUUUUUCGCCCCCACAUCCUCCAUGGUGCCUGACAUAGAACGAUGCACCUAAAGUCCUCAAAAUAUGUCAGACCCAGUCCCUGCUCCAGGGGGACCAAUGUAGCCACCCCUUCUUCUCCCUCCCAAUUCUUUGAGACCCAAUUCUUUCAUGAAGCUUUCCCCAGUCAUUCUGACCCUCAAAGAUCUUUCUGCCCUAAACCCCAAUGCUUAUUGCUCAUCUUUUAAUAAACUGCACAAUUUAAAUCUACUAAAGUGUACAUUGAACUUUCUCAAUUAGGUUCUAAAUUCCUUGAAGGUUGGGAUUAUUAUAUUUUAUGACCUACCUUUGUUACAUUAUUGUUCUAUUAAAAAUGUUGACUGAGGACCCUGGAGAAGGAAGGGUCUGGCCAGCCUGUCUCCCUAUCAGGUGCAGAGAACGCUUCAUCAUUUCUCCAUUCCCCAUACAAAACAAAGGGAACCCCCACCCCAAAUCAGGAAACUAUAGUGCUUAUCCCUUAUUCUUUCAGACCUUCAUUUCCUCCUGGAUUUGGUGGUCAUCACACACAGUCCUCCAGGUCCUGUUGAAAUGUCCACAUCACCAAAACUCAUCAACUCUGGUAAUCUGCAUGAACUGAGGAGCGUGGUUGUGCGGGUAGUUCACAGAUUAGUUAAGUGGUCACUCCAGGUACCCACACACAAGCA